AUGUCCUCCUCAAAACUCACCAUAACAUCCACCCUCCCCCUCCUCAACACCCCCCUCCAAAUUCCGCGCCUCGGCUUCGGCGUGUACCAGUCCCCCACCAACAUCUGCGUCGCCUCUUGCCUGACCGCCCUCAAAGCCGGCUACCGACACAUCGACACAGCCCAGUUCUACGCCAACGAGACCGAAGUCGGCGCCGCUGUCACUCAAUCCGGCCUCAAGCGCUCCGAGGUGUUUCUCACGACCAAGAUCCUUGGUGCCGCGGGUAGCGUGGACGGUAGCUAUCGGAAGUGUGUUGAGAGUGUACAGAAGCUGGAUCCGGAGUCUGGUUAUGUGGACUUGUUCUUGAUACACAGUCCGAAUGCGGGCGGGAAGGCAAGGAAGGAGAUGUGGUUGGCGUUGGAGCGGUUAUGGAAGGAAGGGAAGGCUAAGGCGAUUGGGGUGAGCAAUUGGGGCGUGGGGCAUAUUGAGGAGAUGAAGGAGUAUAAGCAGGAGGUGUGGCCGCCGCAUGUUAAUCAGAUUGAGCUCCAUCCAUGGUGCCAACAGCGCGAGAUCGUCGACUACUGCAACAACCACAAGAUCAUCGUCGAGGCAUACUCACCACUUGUGCGCAAUUACAAGGCAAACGACAGUACACUACUGGAGCUGGCCAAGCAGCACAACAAGACCACCGCUCAAGUAUUGAUCCGGUACUGUCUGCAGAAGGGCUGGGUGCCGCUACCGAAGAGCGAUACACCGGAGAGGAUUGUUGCGAAUGCGGAUGUCUAUGGGUUUGACUUGAGUGAGAAGGAUAUGAACACGUUGGACGGGCUGGACGAGGGGGAUGCUGGGAGCAUUGUGCAGGCUGUGACGAACACGCUGUGA